UUUUUGAUUUUUUUCCCGUAGAGAGAUCGUUGGCUGUGUGGCUUCUUGGCUGCCAUUGUGGUCUUUGUACCAGACGCGUUCUGUUCCUCGUGAGAGGUGGCACCCGAACGGAGGGGCAGAGAAGUAUUAGACUUUGUGCCAGCGAUUAGCAAUCAUCCCCGCCUUGGUGCUGUGUUCUGAGGAAAGAAUUGGGUCGUCAUCCCGUCAAAGUUCACAUGUACACACAAGCCGCUGUCAUGCCGCGACUUCAGCUCAGAACCCAAGACGCCACGCUUGCAAAAGCCAUGUCCUUUGGCUUGCUGUGGCUGAUCGCGGCCAGCCUCAGCUCACCCAUGAUGGCCAACGCCGCUACCAUCAACGACGAGUGCGCGAUGCCAACUGAGACGACGGCGCUCGCUGACCCCGACGGCUUCAAGGAGGAGUGCGAUACUACCUGCAAUGAAUAUUUCUCGACCGCGCUGGGACAGGAAGAAAAGGCGCGCUAUUGCCGUGCCGCUUGCUCGCUCUAUGUGCAUACCGUCUCCCACGACUUUUGCUCCUGCAACUGCUACACGUCGGUUGGCCUCGUCAACGCUGAGUACAUCAAGGCCUGUCUCACGGGCUGUGGCCUAGCAGAUGAGAUCAGCGGCCAGGCCCAGGCCGUCGAACCCACCCCCACCGCCGACCCCAAUCCUUCAACGACCAAUUCAGGCAUUGACAUCCAACCCGCCACCAUCAACAGCGAUUACCAGCGCGACUGCCGGGACGCAGAUGCAGAAACCCUUCACAUGUAUUUUCCUUCCGAAACUGCCACCCUGCGGUGCGGCGCCCUCAUCCAGGCCGAGACUUGCCAGCGUGAUGUAGUGCGCAAGCUUUGUGCUGCCUCCUGUGCUGCCUGCCUGACCACGCCUGCCCCUACCACGCCCGCCUCAACCACGCCGGAGACCGAGAGUGGACUUGAUACCGCCCAUGCAUCUUGGAGCGAUGUUCGCUUGGCCCUUGAAAUGAUUUGCCUGGCCCUUUUGUGCAUCUCCUUGAUCGUGAUUGUCGUGCUCUACCGUCGCCUGCGUUCGGAGCGCCGCCAGCUUGUCGCCUUGCCCGCGGAGAAAGAACCCAGCGCGAAAAAAAGCAUGGAGAUGGGUUUCGUGUCUCGCACUCUCAACGAGGCGGACUUGGAUGCGGCUGGUGAUUACGUUUUUGAUGCCCAUUACAGCUUGAGCGAAGCGCUCCACCGCCUCGAGCCUGUGCAGAAUCCCCACUACGCACCGCCUUCAAGUCAUGCGAUGCGUGCCUCCCAAUCGGAAGACUACUGGAUGAUUCAGGGUGGCUCGCUUUAUCAAGCCCCAACCGCAGAGUCCGAGUCCAUGGUAUAA